AUGUCGAAGAGUAGAAAAAUUGGUUCAUUUCAAUACUUCAAUACCAAUACUAGUACUUGCAAUACCAAUACCAUCAAUACGUCAAAACCACCAAUACCAAUACCACCAAUAUUCAAUACCAUCAAUACCAUCAAUACCAAUACCAUAAAAACCGGUCAAAACCAAGACUCAAUACCAAGAUUCAAUACCAAGUAUUGGUAUUGCGACAUACCUAAUCAAAUAGCAUAGAAAAAUAGAGUGAAACACGCUCUAUCUAUUGGUAAAAAAAGAAAUUUCUUUACGUCUCUGCCUAAGAAAGUAACAUACCUCCCUCACUACUUUUGGAUUGCCCUAAGUAGGUUGAGGAAAAAGUUCGUGCGCCACGUUAAAAAAUGAUUUUUUAUAUAUUUUUUCUGUGUUUUUGAUCUGGUUUAGGGUUUAUUGUGAAAAUUUAUUGAUUUUUUCAGAUGUCUGAUUACGAAAUCACAAAUUUUGAGCUUCGCGUAUUGCUCCGUCAUUAUUGGAGAAACAAUUUUGAUGCAAAAGCAGCUGCCAAAGCAAUUUGCGACGU